CUGCAUGCACCUCCCUCCCCCAGCCUUCACCCAUCCCAAAGACUGAUUAGCGCGGCAUCCUUCCACUGACACACCAUGUAAUUUGUGGAGAUUACUGAUUUUUUUUCCCCCUGUGUUUGUGUGUUUCUCUUCCGCUUUUCUUCAUUUUGACGUGUCGGUCAGCAUCCAUGCGGCUCUCCAAAAGACAUCUCCCACCGCGCGUCUCUCCUUGAAGGCAAUAAGAGGAAGAAGUAGGAGAUUUUUGUCUUUUUUUUCCUGUGUCGUGCUUCCAUGGUCCCCGGUGUGACAGCAGAGAGACUUCCAGCAUCUGACUGCCUGACGCGGGAUGGAAGCCGUCCACCUCUGACCCAUCAAUAGGACGAGACGUUUCAAGGAUACCAGUGAGGGAAAAGAGCAUUGUUUUAUUUAAAGGCGACAGGUAAAGGACGCUGCGCUCGGCUGUGCUGCAUUUAUAGGAUUUUUUUUUAAAGAGGACAGACGUGAUUUUAUGCAUUGUGAGCAAAUUCCAGACGAGAUGAUUGUAGUUUCUUUUAUGUUAACCCUAAAACACAAGAACUCCCCGUAAUUCACAGCCACACUGCUGGAAUGCACAAGAGAAAUAGCGCACUUUUUUUUUAGCCCCCAAAGACGCACAGAUGGGCGGGCAGCGGCGUAAAUAAACCCCCUCUUAGCUGUUCAAUGCAUGCCUUUCAAUCCGCCUUCAGACUGGAGUCAUGUGCUGGUGACCCAUCUGAGCACCAGAGCCACCUGCGCUGUUGCAUUCAAGCCUGCCUGAGCGCCACGCGCAGACAGCAGCUAAACAAACCACAUGGCUUCACUGAUGUGUACAAAGAGCGGAUGAUUUCACUUGAAUAAGUCAGGAGUAAACAGACUCUGCCCUAGAUCACUGCCUAGAGCUUUAUUUUAAAGAGAUAUGUAGUUGUGCAACUGCAAUUUGGACUGCAAGAGGAAAGCAAUAACACUGAUAUGAGGCAAUAACAAUUUAAAAAAAAGUGGUAAUUAUAUUUUGUUCCAAAGCCAAAGAGAGGUGGGAAUAAGCGAGAGGAUACUUCACACUGCUUCCAUUUGCAUUUUCACUCAGACUGUGGCUCUAUCAAACGUCAACCCUCCUUGCUCACACACGAGGGAAAAGUGCAGCUAAAUGUUUCCUGUCGAAGGCAUUCAUGCAUGCAGCAUUUUAAUAGACUUCUGAACUGCACAAUCACUCUGUAACUCUCCAUUGCACGACUCUUUCACAGGCUGCGUCUUCCAUUUUCAGCACAAAUUCCUCAGCAUCACCCCUCAAGAUAUCUGUCUUCCGGUAGCUUUUAUGGUUAAUCACUGACGGUGCCAUUCACCCACCAGUCUGUGUGUCAGCAUACCCACAUUAUUUGGUGCACGCACAUUCUCAUUGUGGAGCUAAACAGGCUUACGGGUGUGCCACAGAGUAUAAAUAGUUGAACAAAGGUCCUUUUGGAGCUGACAAGGGGCCGAAACCUGAGACUCAGAGUGAUUCCUCCCUCUGGUAACUCUAUACGCUCACACGCCAAGAGGCUGGAGAAACUCUCCAGCUCAACAGAGUGAUUUAGAUCCAGAGAGGGUAAAGGGACGAGGCAGCGAGCAGGGCACACACUGCUGCUGUCAGGUUUCUCAGGUGCUUAAGAAGACCAGAUCAGCAAGAAGACCCACCCACCCCUCCUUCCAGCAAUUGUAUGAGCUGAAAAAAAGGAGGAGAAGAAGAAGACACCAGGGCGGACCACACCCAGAGUCCCACCAGCCUCAAGACAGAGUCCCCUCCUCUCACCUCCCAGACUCUUGAUCACAGUCUGGACAUCUUUUGGGCAUCUUAGAGGUCAUCAUCCCUCCGCUGGAGUAGCUGUUGUAGGCUAGAUCUGUCUGGUGUCUCCCAUUCUGAGGUGUGUGAGUGUGUGUGUGUGUGAGUGUGUGUUUUGACGCCGUUGAGAGCCGCCAGCGGUCUUCUUUUUCCUGUCAGGAUGUCUGCAGUACAAGAGCUGCUGCUGCUGCUGGUACCUCUGGCCCUCCUGGUGCUUCAAGCAUCUCUCUGCCAUGGAGCCUGUGUGGAGGUGGACUCAGACACAGAGGCGGUGGCCAACGAAGGCUUCAAACUGGGCUGCAUCUCCUGUAAGAUGAGGGGCGAGGUGCCCGCCAAGGCCACGGUCGACUGGCACUUCAAGGCUUCGGAUGAGACUGAGUUCACCCACUUAUACAGCUAUGAAGAAAAAAAGCCCUACAUCAGUGACUCACGUUUCUACGAUCGUCUGGACUGGAAUGGCAGCAAGCAUACAGACGACCUUCAGGAUGGCUCCAUCUACAUCCUCAAUGUGACCUUCAAUGACACGGGGACCUACCAGUGCACGUUCAGCCGCACCCUCAUGUAUCCGAACUACGAGUUUCAAACCAACGCCACCAAGAUAAUCUCCGUGAAAGUGGUGCCACGACUCACCAGAGGACUGGCAUCCAUCUUGUCUGAGGUGAUGAUGUACGUCUCCAUCAUCGGACUGCAGGUGUGGCUUGUGGUUGAGAUGAUCUACUGCUACAGGAAGAUCGCAGCAGCAGGAGAGGAAGCUCUGAGAGAGAGCGCGGCGGAGUAUUUAGCUAUAGCAUCGGAAAGUAAAGAUAAUUGUGCAGGUGUACAAGUGGCAGAAUAGCACUGGUCGAGGAAGUCUUCAAGAUUGUGACCUUGAGGAAUCUCACAUUCCCUCUUUCAUGCCCUCUCCUCUCACCGCCACUCACAUCCCGCCUUCCUUUCCACAUGAUGGAAAAAGCAAACCACAGAGAGGAGAAAGAUCUCCGCUGAAAGUUUUCUCCUAAGUGACUUUCUGCAAAAGAAUGACAAGGACUGAAUUUUAUCUGGUUUUGAGGGACUGAGGGGACGCAUCAGGUCGUGAUGCAAAGGGACGGACAGAGAGAGAGAGAGAGAGAGAGAGAGAGAGAGAGAGAGAGAGAGAGAGAGAGAGAGAGAGAGAGGGUUGAACUGUAUAUAGGUGUACACAUAUGCACAGAUAAUGUUAUAUAUUAUAGGCCUACAUUGUAUAUCUACUAUCUGCAUGCUUCGAGCUAAUCAAAAUGACCAACAUCAUGCUUCUGAUGUGAGUUAGUCUGAUAAGCGUUCUCCUGAACCUGUGACAGUGUUUCUUCUGUGUGUUUAUUAAGCUGUUCCACAUAAAAAUGAUGAAUCAACAUUGUCAUAGCCAAAAUAUAUAUAAAAGGUUUUUAAAGGAUUCAUUUUGAACACUGGUAAGACUUAAUUUGACUACAAAACAUCUCACUGUUCUGAUGAAACACUACUGGAAAGUACAGAGGAAACACUGCUACAACAGCUGAUAAUUUGUCCAGAUAUAUUCAAUGAUUCAUUUUUAAUUUAAUUAAAUGCCAAAAAAACAAGUAUUUAGCAGAAUUUCCCCCAAAUCAGCCUGAAACGUGUCAGGAAACAGCAUUUAGACCAAAAUGGGAGACAUUAAAUAAGAAAUACCAAGGACAAGAAUACAGCACCCGUCCAUCAUAUUAGCAGUGGCCACAUAUUAAGCCAAUGUCUAAACUUAUAGGACACUUACGUGAGCGGUUCAGUCCUUCCUGACAACACAACUAACCCUUUUAUUUUAUGUCUUUAAACAUUCUUAACAUAUGGCUGUAUCGAGACUAACAGCUAACAUGCUAACUAUUAUUUCUAUGUCACUAGUGACAACCAAAAUGUCCCUUUAAUUUUAGUGGAAUUUCCUUUUCAUCAAAGCCUUUUCAGAAGACUGCCACCCUGUUAAAACUAGCUGUGUUAUACAGAGUUCACUCGGAUGAUGGUGAAGAGCAAAAACAGGCCCUGCAGCCCAUGUGUGACUUCCUGUGACAUUUGAAAAGACAACGCCCACUUCCACCAGGCUAAUUUGUAGCACACCAAAAAUGAAUAUAUAAAUAAAAAAAUGCAGCUUUACCAAUUUAUCUGAAGUGUUUUUAAAGUAAAUUUGUCUACAGUGGAAACUUCCCCACUGAUGUGUAAUUUCACACAAAUGUCUUAGUGUUUUUGUAGAAACUUAAGGGCUUGGUUAAUUGCUAUAUACUUAAUAUCCAACUGCCGUGGGCAAAUGUACCACAAAACCUGUCCAGUGUGCCUCCCAGGGUGAAGCCAGUGAAAACCAAAAAAGAAAGAGCUGAAGCCUUGUCACAAAGCAGCUGUCCUGAUUUCUCUUUCCAGGCAGCCUGUCACUGACUAUCAGUGAACAUUAGAUGGCAGCGAAACACUGCCAUUCUGCAUGCUUACUGUUCAUCUCUUUUGUACCAAAGCUGAGUUCCAUACAUUUUAAGAUACUGAGAAGGGGACACACAUACACAGGAAUAUAAUACAGAGGAACUGCAUGCUAACUGAUGGAAUAAGCAAAGGAUAAAAACAGAACGUCCAAUAAGAUACUAACUAAAAGAAAAAAGAUAAAACAAAUGAUAUCGCAAGCAAUGCUACACACUGCUUUACUGGGUGAUUUACUUUCUUGGUAUGCUGCAUCAGUUAACAUCUAAAUGCCUUUUCCUGCACAGAUUAACAAACCAGUGAAAUGAAAACCACACUGCUCCCCACAUUGUUGGUCUGCUUUGUGUCCACGUGAAUAAAACUGCGGUUUUCACUUUAUGUGUAGGUGUGAAAAUGUUGCUUGCCACAAAAAAAAAGGUGAUGCACAGGAAAAAAAUAAAAUUGCUGAGAAAAUCA